AUGAGUGAAUUCACUACAAAAUCUGUGAAACAAGCGGAAACUCUGGUCACCGGAGACUUCAAGUCACUUGGUCCAGCUCCACAUUACGAAGGUGAUGAGAUUAUUGUGAUGAGAUGUGCCGAGACGAUCGAUGAGAUCUUCAGUGAUUGGACAGUUCGCUCGAAUCUCAGUGAAAACAGUUAUCAGCCGUUUGACUUGAAUACUCCAAUCGAACUUCCUCGUCGUUCGGCCAUGCUCAAAUCUUAUUCUCAAGAUCCACCAAUAACUGAAACUGGAAAGAUCGCCUCUAAAAUGAUGGCAAGAGAGCUAUCAGAUCGUCAUGCCAUUCCAUCUGUCAUCUUCUGUUCUCCAGAUUUUGCUUCUGUUGAGACCGCCCAUUUGAUCAAAUCUUACAUUGGUGACAAGUGUGGAAAGAUUCAAAUCGAACCAGAACUCUCGACACUUCACAAAGCUUCUCAUGUCUUCUUCGGUCCUGCUCAUUUCAAAUCUUUAGGAUACAGUAUUGAUAGUAAAGAACCGUUGCGUGCAGUGUCUGAUGGAGUUGCUCUGUCUGAUCUUGUGAGCCGAGUGAAAAGAGCAUUCUAUGAGUUGACAUCCAAAGUAGAGAAUGCUUUAAUCAUCGUGGACCCACUCUCAAUGAUGAUCAUUUCCUCCCUCUUCUACUCAAUCAAAAUGGUAAGUUCAGUGGAACUCGAACGUCUUCGAAGCCUCUCUUCGUUCCCAUCACUCUCCAAUUUCACUUGUUUCCGUGUUGGUGCAAAUACUGGAAUGAAGAUGUACGACUUGACGAGUACUAGUCUUCGUCCACUCACUUUCACAGGAUUCUCUAAUGAAAUUGAUAUGGAUAUGGUUCCGGCGGUGCCAGAAUAA